AUGCGUCGCGACACAACGCCGCCUCGUAGAAAGGCCACACUUGCAGAUAUUGUGGCGGGGAGACAGUGCCAAAAUGUGUCGCGGUUACCAACCCGUGCUGGGAGGUCUCAACGCACGUCCUCGUCAACAACGAGUGCGACUGUGCCAUCAUUCUAUAUGAGUAGCGAGGACUCCGCCAAAAAUGACGUGGUGGAAGAAGGCGCUCGUUGCGAUGCCGCUUUGGAGGUUGCAAAUUCAGGUCGGUCGAAGGCGGAUAAUGUACACAGAGGGCACCUACGAUGUCUCUUCGCGAACGAAAAUGGCGUCCGACGUGACAACGUUAUACAACUUUUGAAAAAAUUAGGCAUACAUUCCACACCGGAUGAUGCGGCACUGAAGCUGUUUUUUGAGGCGAAUACGAAUGCCGAUUCUUCCAUAUUGCCUGACCAGUGGGUGGCUCUCGUGGAGCAAUUACUGCAUGCACAGAAGGAUUCUGGCGACGGCGCGACACAGCUCACUGGAUCUCUUUUGCCAAAGCCGAGCAGUGCUGCGCUGAGGGAGGAGAGGGUAGAGUGGGCCAGGGAUACAGUUUCUGCACACGGGCACAGCGAGGCUCGAACGGAGCACAGGAGUGAAACCCAAGCCCGUGCUGAGCCCAAUGAUCAACCUUUGGAUUCUUCCAAGCGGGGUUCAGCGGGAACAUCCAACAAGAGGUGGGCUACCGGGAGUGAGGUAGGCGACGCCGCCCUCUUAAAGUUGUUUAUUCACUGUGGUGCAUUGAAUCACAAAGGCAGAGGGCUUUCGUUAUUUGUUGAAGACUUUAAACGCAUGUGCGUUAUCCGACAAAACGCAUUGCCUCCAAAACGUCUCUUCUGUAAUGCGACCUCGAAGAUAGGCGACUGCGGCUCAAAAGAUCUAUGCUUCAGUAGUCCUGGCAGGGAGAAUGUAUUCAUCACACUUCCGCAGUUUCUGGGGCUUUUACGAGAUGAGCUUCGUGGCAUUACGGGUGGAUGUAGAGGACGUGGCAGAGCAGCGCGGACUACCCCUCCAACGGUAAGCAUGGUUCUUGCCGCAGUGGCACCCAUGCCACUGCAGCAGCUUUUUGGUAGCAAGGUGGUGGAUUACCUUCGCCAACCCUCCACGGUUAACAAGGCAUUAGCGGCAUUAGAGGGCUCUAUUGAGCCUCUUUCCAAUUCUGAUGGAAAUGUUUCUCGCGAAGCCAAAGCACCCGGAGUCACUACUACUACAUUCACGCGUAGAGCAUCGAUGAAUGCGAGACACCCGCAGUUCGGUUCAGGACGCUUCUCUACAAGCACACUUACCUCUCGCAAUAAUAGUUGUGUUACUGCUGGGGGUGCUUCGGCUGGCAGUGAGGAUCCAGAUGAUGGGGAGAAGCCCGCCUUGUUUCUCCACGCUGGUGCAGCGCGGGUGAGGCGUGGAAAGAGCGUGACUCCGCGUUACAUGCAACAAAAGCCACUUGACGAAAUCUCUGUCUCCGUGAUCGCAAGAUCCAAGGCUCGCAGGCUCAUAGAUGAGCUUAGAAAGAAGGCUAUCCCCAUCAAUCGAUACGAGUGUUUUGCACGUAUUGGAUGCGUUCAACAGGCCCUCUUUGAAGAGGCUGGUCUUGGGAGUGAGGACGAGGAUGACGAAACUGAGAGUGUUAGUAGUGCCGCCUCCGGCGCGGGCGCCCAUCGACGCCAUCAUGCCAUUCUUUACAAGGCUAAGCCGCCAGACGUGGCGCAGCCAUUGUUGCCGGGUAUGUACAGGAUGGGUGGGCCUGGCCAACCGAAGCCGCUGCAGGCAAGGCAGAAGACAUUUGAGCGUCUCCACAGGCAGGGCCUUGGUCAGGUUUCUGGGUUUGUCAACUUCGCAUGGCGGCGGUCUGCAUCGGCUUCCGCUAUGGGAGACGUGGGGAAGUGUAGCUUGAGUGAAAGAGGCGCACAUGCGUCAGGUAGAACCACCCCAAUUGACGUAGAACUCUCAACAGCGGUGGGGUCUCGUGAUGAUCGAGCGGCGCAUCAGGCAGAUACACUAAGCUCCUCUUAUCAGACAGGCGUGCCUGGGCAAACGUCGCGGCGGGAUUCACGAGCACACCCAAUGCUGGCAGAUUUCUUCGCAACACGUUUUCCUAGGUACGCGAUUGGGCCCCAACGGCCGUCUCUUAGUUGCGGCACCGGGAACCGUAGGGGAGUGACGGAGUAG